GGCACAUUAAGUCUGCAUCUGAACUAACCAAUUUGUACUUUGACUCAAAUCUACAUUGUGUCUUACGAAAUUCUACUUUAAUUUGCAUGGUCGCAUCCACAUACAUUUUUAAAAGUCUGUGUAUUUGAAAUUUGCUUGUGCACUAACUAACACAUUGUAGAUGUGGAGUGAAGUGCUGUGUCUUCUGAAGACACUUGAACAGCAAGAGUUGUUCUAAUUACGCAAGGCAUUUGCAAAUAGAAAACUAUAUCAUGAUCAUGAUAGACUUUGCAAGGCAAAUUUAUAUCUUCUGAUGUUGGUGUCACUUUCAGAUUGUUUGUGCAAUGUUGCUGGUUCUGAAUCAUCAGCUGGUGGGAGCUGCAAUGCUACGACAGGACAGUGUACAUGUAAAGCCAAUGUGAAGGGGUUGAAAUGUGAUACUUGCAAGACAGGAUUCUUUAAUCUGCAAGCAUCAGAUGUUGAUGGAUGUGAACCUUGUAACUGCAAUGUUGAUGGAUCUACUGCAGCAUCGAUGGGUGCAUGUAAUGAUGCUGGUCAGUGUGAUUGUAAGGCAGAUGUGAUUGGCCUGAAAUGUGACACUUGUCAAGACGAGUUCUUUCUGACUGGUAGUGAUUUUGCUAAUGGCUGUCAACAAUGUGGUUGCUCCCUGUCGUCUGCAGUAUCACUGUCAUGUAACCAGUUAACAGGACAAUGUCCUUGUAAAUCUGGUUUGACUGGUCGCACUUGUGGCAUCAUCGAAGACUUCCACUGGUUGCCUUUCUUAGAGGGUCUCAUCUAUGAAGCAGAGUCUGCUUGGCUUAGUGGAGGAGCCAUGGUUGAGAGACGAGUCAGUGAUCUUAGCAAGUUUACUGGAACGGGUGGAGUGAGAAUGAGUGGUGAUGGUAAUCGCAUUACGUUUCGUGUGAUCGUUCCACAGAGAUCAAUUCAGUAUAGACUGAUUAUUCGUUAUGAGGCACCAAGUUCAUUUGACAGUGUCGUGUUGACAGCAGUGAGAUCAGGUGAUGGGGCAAGUGUACUUGCUGAUGAAGGCAUAUUACCAUCUGCACCUACAUUUGCCAAUCCUCACGAAAGACCGUUAAUUGGACAGCAGAUUGCUGGCUCUGAACUGAUUGUUAACUUUACUUACAGUCUUAAUGCUGGAGCUGGAAAUCCCGUCGACGGAUUUUUUGUUGAUUCGCUUCUACUUAUGCCAUUACACACCGAUCUUCCUGAGUUUCAGGCGUUAUCUUUUGGUGAUCAAUUAGUGUUUCCAUUCACUUGCAAUGAUGUGCGGGAAUCUGUACCACAGUCGUCUUCAGCAAGUCUCACAGAGUUUUGCAGAAAUAUCACUAUUCUAAUCAAUGCCGCUCUUUUCAAUGGAGCAUUGAAUUGUAGUUGUGACAAUGUGGGAACAUUGGGUUCUAGUCAAUUGUGUGAAAAGCUAGGUGGUCAGUGUAAUUGUGCAUCAAACAUUGUCACUCGAACUUGCUCAGCGUGUGACUACACAUAUUUUGGAUUUGACAGUGCUGGCUGUGAAGCCUGUAUGUGUGAUGUCAUUGGGUCAAACUCACCUCAGUGCAAUGAGACUGGUUAUUGUGACUGCAAAGGAAAUGCAGGCGGUCAGAGGUGUGACAUCUGUAAAUCAACAUUCUUCAAUUUUACCAGCAGCAAUUCAGAUAUCUGUGAAGAUUGUUUGUGCAAUGUUGCUGGUUCUGAAUCAUCAGCUGGUGGGAGCUGCAAUGCUACGACAGGACAGUGUACAUGUAAAGCCAAUGUGAAGGGGUUGAAAUGUGAUACUUGCAAGACAGGAUUCUUUAAUCUGCAAGCAUCAGAUGUUGAUGGAUGUGAACCUUGUAACUGCAAUGUUGAUGGAUCUACUGCAGCAUCGAUGGGUGCAUGUAAUGAUGCUGGUCAGUGUGAUUGUAAGGCAGAUGUGAUUGGCCUGAAAUGUGACACUUGUCAAGACGAGUUCUUUCUGACUGGUAGUGAUUUUGCUAAUGGCUGUCAACAAUGUGGUUGCUCCCUGUCGUCUGCAGUAUCACUGUCAUGUAACCAGUUAACAGGACAAUGUCCUUGUAAAUCUGGUUUGACUGGUCGCACUUGUGGCAUCAUCGAAGACUUCCACUGGUUGCCUUUCUUAGAGGGUCUCAUCUAUGAAGCAGAGUCUGCUUGGCUUAGUGGAGGAGCCAUGGUUGAGAGACGAGUCAGUGAUCUUAGCAAGUUUACUGGAACGGGUGGAGUGAGAAUGAGUGGUGAUGGCAAUCGCAUUACGUUUCGUGUGAUCGUUCCACAGAGAUCAAUUCAGUAUAGACUGAUUAUUCGUUAUGAGGCACCAAGUUCAUUUGACAGUGUCGUGUUGACAGCAGUGAGAUCAGGUGAUGGGGCAAGUGUACUUGCUGAUGAAGGCAUAUUACCAUCUGCACCUACAUUUGCCAAUCCUCACGAAAGACCGUUAAUUGGACAGCAGAUUGCUGGCUCUGAACUGAUUGUUAACUUUACUUACAGUCUUAAUGCUGGAGCUGGAAAUCCCGCCGACGGAUUUUUUGUUGAUUCGCUUCUACUUAUGCCAUUACACACCGAUCUUCCUGAGUUUCAGGCGUUAUCUUUUGGUGAUCAAUUAGUGUUUCCAUUCACUUGCAAUGAUGUGCGGGAAUCGGUACCACAGUCGUCUUCAGCAAGUCUCACAGAGUUUUGCAGAAAUAUCACUAUUCUAAUCAAUGCCGCUCUUUUCAAUGGAGCAUUGAAUUGUAGUUGUGACAAUGUGGGAACAUUGGGUUCUAGUCAAGAGUGUGAAAAGCUGGGUGGCCAGUGUACUUGUGCAUCAAACAUUGUCACUCGAACUUGCUCAGCGUGUGACUACACAUAUUUUGGAUUUGACAGUGCUGGCUGUGAAGCCUGUAUGUGUGAUGUCAUUGGGUCAAACUCACCUCAGUGCAAUGAGACUGGUUAUUGUGACUGCAAAGGAAAUGCAGGCGGUCAGAGGUGUGACAUCUGUAAAUCAACAUUCUUCAAUUUUACCAGCAGCAAUUCAGAUAUCUGUGAAGAUUGUUUGUGCAAUGUUGCUGGUUCUGAAUCAUCAGCUGGUGGGAGCUGCAAUGCUACGACAGGACAGUGUACAUGUAAAGCCAAUGUGAAGGGGUUGAAAUGUGAUACUUGCAAGACAGGAUUCUUUAAUCUGCAAGCAUCAGAUGUUGAUGGAUGUGAACCUUGUAACUGCAAUGUUGAUGGAUCUACUGCAGCAUCGAUGGGUGCAUGUAAUGAUGCUGGUCAGUGUGAUUGUAAGGCAGAUGUGAUUGGCCUGAAAUGUGACACUUGUCAAGACGAGUUCUUUCUGACUGGUAGUGAUUUUGCUAAUGGCUGUCAACAAUGUGGUUGCUCCCUGUCGUCUGCAGUAUCACUGUCAUGUAACCAGUUAACAGGACAAUGUCCUUGUAAAUCUGGUUUGACUGGUCGCACUUGUGGCAUCAUCGAAGACUUCCACUGGUUGCCUUUCUUAGAGGGUCUCAUCUAUGAAGCAGAGUCUGCUUGGCUUAGUGGAGGAGCCAUGGUUGAGAGACGAGUCAGUGAUCUUAGCAAGUUUACUGGAACGGGUGGAGUGAGAAUGAGUGGUGAUGGUAAUCGCAUUACGUUUCGUGUGACCGUUCCACAGAGAUCAAUUCAGUAUAGAUUGAUUAUUCGUUAUGAGGCACCAAGUUCAUUUGACAGUGUCGUGUUGACAGCAGUGAGAUCAGGUGAUGGGGCAAGUGUACUUGCUGAUGAAGGCAUAUUACCAUCUGCACCUACAUUUGCCAAUCCUCACGAAAGACCGUUAAUUGGACAGCAGAUUGCUGGCUCUGAACUGAUUGUUAACUUUACUUACAGUCUUAAUGCUGGAGCUGGAAAUCCCGCCGACGGAUUUUUUGUUGAUUCGCUUCUACUUAUGCCAUUACACACCGAUCUUCCUGAGUUUCAGGCGUUAUCUUUUGGUGAUCAAUUAGUGUUUCCAUUCACUUGCAAUGAUGUGCGGGAAUCGGUACCACGGUCGUCUUCAGCAAGUCUCACAGAGUUUUGCAGAAAUAUCACUAUUCUAAUCAAUGCCGCUCUUUUCAAUGGAGCAUUGAAUUGUAGUUGUGACAAUGUGGGAACAUUGGGUUCUAGUCAAGAGUGUGAAAAGCUGGGUGGCCAGUGUACUUGUGCAUCAAACAUUGUCACUCGAACUUGCUCAGCGUGUGACUACACAUAUUUUGGAUUUGACAGUGCUGGCUGUGAAGCUUGUAUGUGUGAUAUGAUUGGAUCCAACUCAGUUGAAUGCAAUGAGACUGGUUAUUGUGACUGCAAGGGAAAUGCAGGAGGGCAGAGAUGCAAUGUUUGUAAACCAACAUUCUUCAAUUUUAACAGCAGCAAGUUAGACAUUUGUGAAGAUUGUCUCUGUGGGGGUAUUGGUUCUGAUCCCUCAGCAGGUGGGAUCUGCAAUGCUACUUCAGGACAGUGUACAUGUAAAGCCAAUGUGGAGGGGUUGAAAUGUGAUACUUGCAAGACAGGAUUCUUUAAUCUGCGGGCAUCAAACACUGAUGGAUGUGACUCUUGUAACUGCAAUGUUGCUGGAUCUACUGCAGCAUCGAUGGGUGCAUGUAAUGAUAGUGGUCAGUGUGAUUGUAAGGCAGACGUGGUUGGCCUGAAAUGUGACACUUGUCAAGAUGAGUUCUUUUUGAUUGGUGGUGAUUUUGCUAAUGGCUGUCACCCAUGCGGUUGCUCCCUCUCGUCUGCGGUGUCACUGUCAUGUAACCAGUUAACAGGACAAUGUCCUUGUAAAUCUGGUUUAACUGGUCGAACUUGUGACAUCAUCGAAGACUUUCAAUGGCUGCCUUUCUUAGAGGGUCUCAUCUAUGAAGCAGAGUCUGCUUGGCUUAGUGGAGGAGCCAUGGUUGAGAGACGAAUCAGUGAUCCUAGCAAGUUUACUGGAAUGGGUGGAGUGAGAAUGAGUAAUGAUGGUAAUCGCAUUACAUUUCGUGUGACCGUUCCACAGAGAUCAAUUCAGUAUAGACUGAUUAUUCGUUAUGAGGCACCAAGUUCAUUUGACAGUGUCGUGUUGACAGCAGUGAGAUCAGGUGAUGGGGUAAGCGUACUUGCUGAUGAAGGCAUAUUACCAUCUGCACCUACAUUUGCUAAUCCUCACGAAAGACCGUUAAUUGGACAGCAGAUUGCUGGCUCUGAACUGAUUGUUAACUUUACUUACAAUCUUAAUGCUGGAGCUGGAAAUCCCGUCAAUGGAUUUUUUGUUGAUUCGCUUUUACUUAUGCCAGUACACACUGAUCUUCCUGAGUUUCAGGCGUUAUCUUCUAGUGAUCAAUUAGUGUUUUCAUUCACUUGCUAUGAUGUGCGGGAAUCUGUACCACAGUCAUCUUCAGCAAGUCUCACAGAGUUUUGCAGAAAUAACACUAUUCUAAUCAACGCCGCUCUUUUCAAUGGAGCACUGAAUUGUAGUUGUGACAGUGUAGGAACAUUAGGUUCUAGUCAAGAGUGUGAAAAGCUAGGUGGCCAGUGUUCUUGUGCACCAAAUAUUGUCACUCGAACUUGCUCGAUGUGUGACUAUACAUACUUUGGAUUUGACAGUGCUGGCUGCGAAGGUAAUUUGUGUAUGGGUGUGGGCAGAACUGACCUUCUUGCCAAAGAGUUGAUUACAACUGAUAUUACAUUAUGUGGCAUUACUGAAACUGACUUACCUGGCGCAGGCAUAAUGGAUUUAGAUGAAGAGUCCUGCUAUCGUCUGUUGUUUUCUGGACCACCUGAGCUAGCUUCCACGGGUGUUGGUCUAGUGUUUAGACGUAAUGUGUUGAAGUCACUCAAAUCGUUUGAUCCUAUCUCAGGGUUCUCGCUACAGCGUGGCAGCGUGACGCUGUGCCAUGCUCCAGCAGGAGUGGGCCACGCUCAGAAACAGUAG